AUGUUUAGUCAGAUUGCGCGGAUCAAUGACCAUCUCUACUUGAGCAGUUUGGCGGCACUGACACCGACCCGACUGCAACAGCAUGGCGUGACGCAAGUGAUCUCCGCCAUGGUGGAGGUGCUUCCACCGGAGCUGUUGGCGGAAGGUGGGCGGCGAACACGAUCACACGUGCAGAUUUGUGUGGAGGAUAUAGAGAGCGCAGAUCUGAGUGUUCAUUUUGACUCUGUAGCGGACCGCAUUGCUCGAGAGGCACGGCGAGGAGGGCGCAGCCUCGUGCACUGCGUGGCUGGGGUGUCACGAUCUCCCAGUCUUGUUCUUGCCUACCUUGUAAAGCAUUCAAGCAUGACAUUGGCAGAAGCAUACGAUCAUCUCCGCCGCCUCCGACCCUGCAUACGUCCAAAUCCGGGUUUCUGGCGCCAGCUUAUCAAAUACGAGGUAGAGCGACGUGGUGUGCCCUCGGUGUGUGUGGAGGGUAGCCUAAGAAUAGUCUUGCAAAUACAUGGACUUUACCGCGUUACCGUCAUCAAUGGAACGGAUACCUUCAUGGAAAAUAUUGACAGUCAACAGCAACAGCAAGUGCAACCAACAGAGGACAAACUUUAA